AUGGCGGUCGAUCGAAAGCGAAAGGCGAGGACAUCUCGUAGUCGAUUUGGUCUCUGGCCAUCGAACAAGGUGAUCAUCAUCGAUGGAGACAUGCAAUCUAAGACUAGGGACGACACGCGCGCAUCUAGCUCUGAUCCAGCUGGAGGAAACAAUAGUGAGAAAGAUGGUUCUGGUUCGGAUGGAUUUAGGGGACGCCUGAGGAGAAAUAGCACGAGAUUGUUGUCUAUGCUGGGAUUCUGGAAUUCUGAUCCAUCUGAGAGUGCCGUCAGCUCCAGUUCUCAACUCUCACAAGAGCAUUUACUUCCAUCUGAGGAAAGUCCAUGUGCAGCCCCCUCUGGCCAGACACCGGCUGGCGAUGAUGCCCUUCUAAGCAGGACACCAAGUGUCGAUACCUCGCGCUCCUCCAAUCCCGAGAAGGAAAAGACCAAAAAUCAGAAUCUUGAGGGUGUUCACUCCUCAACUGAUUGCAACCUCCCGUGCGGUAUACGUCGGAGUCAUACUACCCCCGGUCUCGCUCGUCGAUUGUCCCAAAAGUUAUCAACAUUUGGUCACCCCACCGUGAUCCACCGUACGAAUGUCAGAUCGAGACCAAGUAUUCCAAACAUCGAUGGCUCUGCCUCCCUUACGUCUCUAAGCAAGCAGUGUGACAAUACUCAGGACAGUUCGGAUCCUUCCACCCCCAACAGCGGCAGCGAUUCGCCUGCGUUUAGCCAGAGCACCAAUCCGACCUCAUCAGAUGGGGUAUCGCGUUCUCCUAAAAUAUCGAAGCCCCAGGCUCUCAGUCCUGGUAACAGAAGCUGGAGCUUCUCUAUCUGGAGUCGUGAAGCUGGCACCCCAGCUCAGAAGCUUGUGCCCAUCAGGGAGAACCCUGUCAUUCCCUCUCCAUCUAUAGUUACAGUUGAGGCCACUGCAACAGCCAAGAUAUUCUUCGAAACCCACUUCAACUCAAUUUUCUCUGGAACAGACCCACGUUCGCAACGUCUCCGGGAGCUCGAGGACCGGCUUCACGUCUUGCCAGUUUCUGCAGAGGAGCGACUACAGGCCCGCAAGGCUUGGCUAGCGCAGGAAAGUGAAUACUUGCGUCAGUCUCGGGUUCUUAAAACUCGAUCAAAUUGUAUCCGUCACCUCGAGAGCGUCUCAAUUGCAGGAUAUGAAGUCAUCAGAGUUCUCGGUAAGGGAAGUUUUGGGGUUGUGCGACUGGUCAAGGAAAAGAAGGAAAGCCAGGAGGUCUGUGACUCAGCCAUCGCCGCAUCAGGAGGCAAGCAGAAAGAUGUUUCUGUCCUGAAACAUGCAACCAGCGGAGCUCGCCAGCCUCGUAGAAGUGAUGUGACGAAGAUGAAAAAGGAGGUGUUUGCAAUGAAGGUGAUACGAAAGUCAGACAUGUUGCGGAACUGCCAGGAAGGACACUUGCGGGCCGAGAGAGACUUCCUAGUCGCGUCAGAGAAGUCUCAGUGGAUCGUUCCCCUGAUCGCAAGUUUCCAGGAUACGAAUUAUCUGUACCUUGUUAUGGACUACAUGGUCGGCGGUGAUUUCCUUGGGCUGUUGAUCAGGAAGAAUAUUCUGUCGGAAGACGUGACUCGGUGGUAUGUUGCAGAGAUGGUUCUGUGCGUUGAGGAAGCCCAUCGACUUGGAUGGAUACAUCGUGAUGUCAAACCGGACAAUUUCUUGAUCUCUGCUUCCGGGCAUUUGAAAAUUUCAGACUUUGGGCUCGCAUUCGACGGCCACUGGACUCAUGAUCAAGCCUAUUUCAACAACCAACGCCAUUCGCUGUUGAAGAAGCUCGGUAUCACGGUUGAAGGCGACUCCGAGGACCGAAAGGAGGCCAAGACAGCACCAGAUAAACAAAGCCGACCUCUUGCUGGCCAAGCUGGGGUGCGUGACGACGACCUCAGAGAGCCAAAAGAUGGUGUGCACAUUCUCGAUUGGCGUAAUCACAAGGAAAGAAGACGGCUUGCCAAGAGUAUUGUGGGAACGAGUCAAUAUAUGGCCCCAGAAGUUAUAAGAGGAGAGUUGUAUGACGGCAGAUGCGAUUGGUGGAGUGUUGGGAUCAUACUAUACGAGUGCUUGUACGGAUUCACCCCCUUUGCCUGCGAGAACCGCCACGACACCAAAAUCAGGAUUCUGCAACAUCCUCGAACAUUAUACUUUCCGGUAGACAAGCCUUCUGAUAAGCUGGUGUCGGUCGAAGCAAUCGAUCUCAUCAGUCGAAUCCUUCAGGAGAAAGAGAAUCGACUGUGUUCCAGCAAGUACAAGGUCAACGAUCUCUUGCAGCAGAAGAAGGCACCCGGUGAGCUUGCAAGUACGGACUUCAAGGGCUUCUAUGUCUAUCCCAACGACGCGAGUGACAUUAAGGCGCACCCAUUUUUCGACGGCAUCAAAUGGAAUGAGCUCAUUUAUCGAAGGCCGCCGUUCGUUCCAAAGGUGAAGAGUUGGGAAGACACAAAAUACUUCGAGGAGGACGAGCCGAUAAGCGACAUUAAAGAUACGUCAACUGGCAGCAAUGUAUCUCCUCCCGCUCCGGCACCUGAGCCGCAAGGAGAUGUGACUAUGGCGGACGUCGCAGAUAUUCAGCCUGAAGCUGAAGCAUCUCGAGACGCGGGGAAGGAGGAUUUGAUCAGUGCCCACGAUCAGGAACCUGCAAAAGUCGAUACCCCGGCCAAGUUUCCAGUGAAGGUCCACAAAAGGAAAAAGGAGAAGAAAAGACCCCGGGAUAAAAUCUUACGGGAUGAAGUCGUCGGAAAGACUGUCCUGGAUCUCCGGAAAAAAGGCGCCUUUCUGGGCUAUACGUACCGUCGACCUCGAGCUGUGAUGUUGGCACUUGAGACCGAGAGAGGUCGGAGUCUAGUGGCCUGGUAG